UCCCUCCCAAAAGACAAGAAUGAUGACGAGCAGCUUGCAAAGUUGGCCCGAGCCGAUCGUCCGGGUCCAAGCCUUAUCGGAGAGCGGCAUCCCGCGUAUCCCUGAGCGCUUCGUGAGGCCGCCCUCCGAGCGGCCCUCGCCGAUUCCCAACUUCGCCCCUCAAGAUCGCGACCGCAACCGCAAUGGCAUUAAUAUACCCAUUAUCGACCUCGCCGGCAUAAUGUCGAGCGCCGACGGGUCCACCCUCCUCCUCGAGCGCAUCUCUUACGCAUGCCGGGAGUGGGGGUUCUUCCAGGUGGUGAACCACGGGGUGAGCGAAGAGCUGAUGGGGGCGGCGAGGGAGGCGUGGAGGGAGUUCUUCAGGCUGCCGGUGGAGGCGAAGCAGGAGUACGCGAACAACCCGAGCACGUACGAAGGGUACGGGAGUCGGAUCGGGGUGGAGAGGGAGGCCACGCUCGAUUGGUCCGACUACUUUUUUCUUUACUACUCGCCUCGCUCGGCCAGGAACCCUAGCAAAUGGCCGGCAAUCCCACUCUCGUGCAGGGAGCUCAUAACAGAGUAUGGGAAGGAAGUUACGGAACUAUGCAAAAGAUUAUUGAGCUUAAUAUCAAGGAGCUUGGGAUUUGAAGGAGACUACUUUGAGAGAGCGUUUGGAGGAGAGGAGUUCGGGGCAUGCCUGAGGGCCAACUUCUACCCAAAAUGCCCUCAGCCUGACCUCACUCUCGGCCUCUCCGCACAUUCCGACCCGGGCUUCUUGACCUUUCUCCUCCCCGACCCGCACGUGGCAGGUCUUCAGGUGCGACAAGGAGACCAGUGGGUCACGGUCGAGCCCAUCCCUAAUGCUUUCAUCGUCAACCUAGGUGACCAGAUGCAGGUGGUGACAAAUGCAAUUUACAGGAGCGUAGAGCAUAGGGUGGUCGUGAAUUCGGCGAAAGAGCGAGUCUCGUUGGCAUUCUUUUACAACCCCAAGAGCGACCUCCUGAUUCAACCCGCCGAGGAGUUCGUGACCGAGGACCGGCCCGCCCUCUACUCUCCGAUGACUUACGAGGAGUACAGAACUUACAUCAGAACAAAAGGUCCUCGUGGCAAGUCACAGCUCCAAUCUUUAAUGCGGUUAUCCACCAAAAAGUUGACACCAUAAGAAACUUCUGAGGUGCAAUAAGUAUGAUCCGAUGAGGAGCACUUCUGUCCCACCUCGCAGCAUCUAUGUACGUGAAGUUUGGCAUCGUCGCCACAGUCGAUUUUAAGUCCUGAAUGUCAAGUUGUGUGUGUAUGUGUUUUAGUAGUGUGUAACGUGUUCUUCUAAGAUCGAUGUUGUUAGAAAAAACCUGUCUUAAAUGGGUUAGUUCUUCGAUAAUCAAUUGCUUAUUUUAGAAUUCUGAAAUCCUUAGUUACGAGAAAAUAUUCAGUGGUUGCUUCUCACUGUGUCAUCAUCCCACGUGGAGUGCAUUUUUUUUUUGUCAAUUUGGCCAAUCAUCACUUGGCAAGUGUAUUCCGAUAUGGAAAUAAAUAAAAUAAAUUAAAAAUCUUUUUUUUC